AUGUCUGACGAAAAAGAUGUCUAUGAUGAAAAGAGUGAGCAGCAAAUCGUAGAUGAAAGCAAUGAAAUUAAAACACUACCAGAACGAAGACCUAUCAGCAUCAUACGGUUAAUUUGCAUGUCGUGUUCGUUGGCUGCACUGGAAGUCUGUUACGCAGCUCAAGCUGUUAACGAAGUACCUAUUUUAUUAGCUACUGGCCUUCCACAAAAGUAUAUUCCUUACUUGUGGAGCCUAACACCAAUUUUAGCUUUGAUCAUUCAGCCAUAUCUUGCCAGCGUAUCCGAUCACUGUACAUGUAGCUGGGGUAGAAGGCGACCGUUCAUACUAGCAUUUGCUAUUGGUAUUUUCAUUGGGAUAUUUUUCUUAGGCUUUGGAACAGCAAUCGGCCAUCUGAUUGAUCCAUUUAAUAAUACUGUAAUUAUAAUACUGGUCAUCACUGGGGUUUGGUUUAUGGACUACUUCACUGAUGCUCUACAAGUGCCUGGCAAAGCGAUAUUAUUGGAUAGCUCUAUUGGUUAUGCACAGACUGCAAAUAACAUAUCUACAAUAGUUGCAUCAUUUGGAAUGAUAUUAGGAUAUGGUAUCUGCAGCAUCCAUUGGAAUAGCACCUUCUUUGGAGACCUGUUUGCUAACGAAGGACAAGCCGUGUUUACCGUUGCGGCUUUCACCUCCGGUAUCCUUUUCCUAAUCUCAUUCAUAUUUGGAAAGGAAAAGCCUUAUACUAAACCAGUCAGUUCUGCAAACUUUCAAAAUGAUGAAUCUCAUAAUUCUGAUAAUAAUGAAGCUCCACCAAAAGAAAAUCAAAAUUAUGGCACUAUUCGUGAAGUUGAUUCUACAGUUAUAGACCAACAGAAUGAAGAUGCUGGCCAAAACAAGUUAAAAUUAUGUUGUUAUGGCUAUAUUUAUUCUAUUGUCAAAAUGCCUAAAGAACUUGUUAUCCUCUGUGCUCUAUCAAUUUUCGGCUGGAUAGCUCAUAAUGAUCCAAGAUGGAAUACUAGAGGUUGUGGAACCGAUUCAGCAAUAUUGAAUAACUGCCUGUACUUAGGGACUUUUAUCAUUUCUAUUACCUUCGGGCCUAUUAUACAAAGUACAAAUUCUAUUAGUGUCGUAUUUAUUACUGCUGGCACUUGUAACUUGAUUGCUGCAGUAAUUUCAGUAUUCGUAGUUGAUCCAGAAAAUACAUCACUGCUGAUCGAUAUAUCCUACGAAACUGUCAAGACUAAGGAUGUUAUUAUUGAUUAA